AUCUUCUGAAAACAAAUGACAAUAAAACCAUCAUACUUUGAAAGACUUGUCAAACUUUUUAAAACUGUUAAGUAACAAGAAAAAUACAACCAUCAGUUAGGUUUUUCCCUUGAAAGCAUCAUUCAGUGAAGUAAAAUUAUCUCUCUGAGCCAUUUGUUCAUGAAAACAGACCCUUAACCUUCAAACUCCUCCAUUAAAACAUGUGUAUGAUGCUGGAAAGACUAGACUCUUCUGAUUCAAAUGCCCCACUCCACCCAGGCAAGGUUGAAAAUUCCCCAUCCUAGGCACAGAGGCCCUCAAAUGCCAAUGGGUUGCCUGCGAGAGGGAAUGUUAAAGCUUUCAAUUGAUAAGCACAUAACUUACAAAAUUAAUGCUUUUCUUAAUUGAUAAAGGUUACAAAGUCACAAGAAAGCAUCAUCUACCCAUGAUGCACAUUGAUGAGAUAAUUUAUGUGAAGACACUGAAUCAAAGUAGAUGGAAUUUCUCUCUUAGUAAAACAUUUAAACUAGGCUGUUGAAAAUGUUAUAAAACUAUCUCUCCAUGCAUCAGUUGUACACUCAACAAAAACCUCUAACAUUACCACACAAAGUAAGCAUCAUCUGAUUGGUAAGAAUCAUAAUAUUUAACAGCAGUUAAAGUGAAAGGUUGCAUAUCCCAAGAUCUAUAUUUUGUUGCAUGAUAAAAGUGAAACAGCUCAACUAGACUUCUCUAUCCCUUGGUUAUAAAAAUGAUAGCCACUUUUUCUGUUGCUUCAAAGAACUGGUCAAAAUUUUCCUGUUCUUCUUCUUUACAAGGCAACAAACACCACAAAGUACAGUGUAAAGUUCUGCAUAUGUUCAUACUGUAGUUCAAGAAUUUGGAGUUUGUACUUCAAAGUUUUUGCCAAGGGGUUUUUCACACUUGCUGUUGAUUUUGAUGAAGCCUCUCUGAAGUUCUAAUUUUAGGAGAGGCAAUGAAAAUAAUUUCUGUCAAAAGCACAAUACUUUGUCACCAAGAAAAUAGCUUAGCAUUCGUAAUUAAACCUUUUACAUCCUUAUAAUAGUGUCCAUAUUCUCCAUUUGUUUCUCUAUACAUUUCCAUUGGUACAGACAAGGGUAAUUCAUUUAACAAUCACAGCUUCUCAAGUUAAGUUGUGAUCCUUUCCUUUAUUUUCAUGAUCUUUAUGAAUGAUUCAGCAGUGUUAUUGUAAGGAGGAAUUAAUUGUGUAUCAUAAGUGAGGAAUUAAUUGCUGGUCACUUUUGGGAUUUAAAGGGUCAAAAGUUCUAUGCACUGCUCAAAUGUUUUUUAUUUUUAUUUCUCUGCUUUCAUUUGUCACAAUGCAGUGAAAUCAAAUUUAUUGAGUUUAGAAUUGAAUUUGCACAUUGGAGAAAAAUUUUAAAAGUGGAACUUUUGCAACUAACAUACCUCUAUUCUGAUGAAGAAAAAAUUUCCAACUUACAAGAUACUUUAUUCAACUACCCGUUUUGCCUCCCACUCAAAUGCUGUAUUUACACAUUCCCAGGAGCAGACACUCUCUUAUAAAUGGAAGCAGACACUUUUAAAAGUGAAAAUUUGUUUUGUUUACACUCUCUUGUAAGUAGCCACGUGCACCCCAUACAUAAUAAUUGACUCUCAGCAAUGAAAUUUGCCUUUAAUUUGCAAAUCAACAAAAAUAUGACCUUUCACAAGGCAACAGAUCAGCGGAGAUCAGUUGAGAUCAGUUUUAUAAAAUUUCCAUUUCCACAGGACAGCAAGCUGUUUGUUCAUUUGAAAUUAGCAGGAGUCCGACAUAACCAUAAUUUAUACUGUCAUGUUAAUUGGCCAUGUUUGUCAUGGUCUACAGUGUACUUUCCAUCUUGUUUCUCUCCCAUAAACAGACAUCCAUCCAAUUUUCCUUUGGUUUCUGCUCAUGAGAAUAAUUCUUGUGGGCAAGAGCUCCAUUAAUGGACACUUUUCAAAUUCCCGAGGGUGUCAGCUAAUGAUAGGGUUGACUGUAUUGCUAUUGCUUAAAGGGAAGGAUUCACAGUUAAGCGCACGAGUGGGCAAUGAUGCAGCUUCAUUGUUUGCUGGCCAAUCAGAGAAUAAAGGUAAAGACAGACCAGCAAUUUCUCUCCCCAUGUGGCUUUUGUGAUUGCAUCACAUUAUCACCUUCUAAUUAUAUUUUGCUCUCAAAGCAUUUCGUAAAGGAUUUUCCCUUUUUGUGAGAGGUGAUCCAAUAGGCAUGAAAUUUACAUCUUUGGAGAUAUGAAUAUAAAUUUCCUGAAAUUUAAUACACACGUCCAAACUGAAGAAUUCUUAGAUAUGCUCUAUGCCAACAACAUCUUACCAAUCAUUACUAAACCUACCAGGCUUACUGAUCAUACAGCAACACUCAUUGACCAUAUAUAUACAAAUUGUUUUAAAAAACUUACAGCAGGAAUCCUGACAGUUGAUUUAACAGAUCAUCUCCCCAUUUUCUGCAUAGUUAAAACCCAGCCCACAUGGAACAAUGACAAUAAAAUAUAUUUUCGAGACUAUUCUAAAUUUAAGAAAGACCUAUACUUGGAUGAUAUAAAUCAGAUUGCUUGGCAUGAAAUCCUUAAUCCCCAAAAUAAUUUAAAUGAGAAGCUAAGGGAGACAAUUAAUAUCCUGAAUGAAAUUGUUGACAAACAUGCACCUAUCAGGCUGGCUAGCCAAAGCGAACAAAAGCAACUUAAUAAGCCAUGGCUCACUAAGGCUAUUUUAAAAUCAGUAAAAAGGAAACAGAAAAUGUACCGUACAUAUUACUUAAGCAAUGUCUCCCCAAAAAAAGGGAAUAUAAACAUUAUGCAGCUAUUCUUUCACAUCUUAAGAAUAAAAGUAAGACAGACUAUUAUAGCAUGCAAUUCUCAAAGUACAACGAUAAUCUUAAACAAACUUGGAAACUUAUCGGUACUCUUGUUAAAAGGAAAACAAGAGGUCAAACUUUCCCUACAAAAAUUACUCAGUCAUAAUAACAGGACUUAUUCACAAGAAAAGGACAUUGCUCAAUUAUUCAAUAAUUUCUUUGUCAACAUUGGGCCAACUUUAGCACAGAAAAUUAAACCCGAUCAUACAAACCCUUUGCAAUACAUAGAAUCUACACCAUCAAACAGCUUCUACCUUGCUCCAGCAACCCUAGCACAAGUGUUUACAUUGUUUGCUGGGCUAAAAGAAAAUAAAGCAUCACUCACUGUUCCUAAUAAGCUUAUCAAACUUGCAGCUGAACAGCUCUCUGCACCCUUCACUGAGAUCUACAAUGAGUCAAAAUCAUCAGGGGAAUUUCCUGAAGUCUUUCAGAUAUCAAAAGUAACCCUAAUACUUAAAAGCCGUACUGUAUCUGAGUUAGGUAAUUAUAGACCAAUAGCAGUUAUUUCUCCCUUCAGUAAAGUACUGGAAAGACUAGUAUAUGACCAGCUUGUGUCCUAUUUAGAAAAAGAAUGUCUCCUUUUUAACUAUCAAUUUGGCUUUCCAAAGGGAUAUUCCAUGGAAUAUGCAAUUCUCGAAACUGUAGAGAACUUGAAGUCAGCAAUUGACAGUCAACAAAUUACAUGUGGUAUAUUCUUAGACUUUUCUAAGGCCUUUGACACAAUUAACCAUCAUAUUCUCUUAGGAAAAUUAUACAAAUAUGGGAUCCGAGGAGUCCCCCAUGCAUGGUUUUCGAGCUAUAUAACUAAUCAUAAGUAAUAUGUCAUAGUUGGUAAUACAGAAUCUAGCCUGAAAACUAUUACAUGCAGUGUACCCCAAGGCUCCAAAUGAGGUCCGUUGCUGUUUCUGUUGUAUAUUAACGAUUUGCCUAGGUCUUCAGAGAAAUUAACUCUUAGGAUUUUUGCAGAUGAUACAAAUAUGUUUUAUUCUUCAAAAGACCCUGAGCAGCUCCAAUCAGUUAUUGAUGAAGAACUUAGAAAAGUCUUAAAAUACUGUGCAGCAAAAUAAUAUGCUGUCAACUAAUUUCAAGAAGACUAAUUAUAUGAUUAUUACUUCACUUAAAAAGAGACCAAAUAUCAGAAUAACAGCUUG